CACAGGCUGAGGCUCACAUGGAAAGAAAUCAAUAUGGGUUUGUUCUAAUCUUCUCUGUUGUCAUUGCCCUUGGCCUUGUCUCCUUCUCACUCUGUUUUGCUGCUGAAUUCAAAAGAUCAAAGAAGGGUGAUCUCAGGAUUGAUGGAAAGCUAUGUUAUUUGCCAGAAAGUGGUGCAUUCGUGCUUGGGAUUGCUGCUCUUAUCUGCCUCUUCAUAGCUCAAAUUCUUGGGAAUGUUUUAGUAUGCAGAAAUCUCUGUUCAGGAAGGCAGAGAAGUAGUUGCAAAGCUAAAAAACCUACAAGUUCCAGCACUUUUCUGGUUCUCUCAUGGAUCAGCUUUGGAAUUGCUCUUAUUUUAAUAGGUGCGGCCACAAGCAUGAACCAAAGGCAACCCUUUGGUGAAGGAUGGUUAGACAGAGAGUGCUACAUUGUUAAAGAUGGUGUAUAUAUUGGCUCAGCGGUACUGGUUCUAAUCACGGUAAGUUCAUCACUGGUUUCUGCGAUCCUAACGAAAAUGAAGAGCCAACUUGAGAAGGGCCAGAAGGUGCAUGCCCAAGUUGAAUGAGAGAGAGAGAGAGAGA